CCAACUUCCUUUGUUGUGUUUUAAUCGACAGGUUUAAAAACAGAUAUUUUUUAUUAGAAAUAUUUAAUGUGAAAAGUGUAAACGUUUUAGCUAACUAUCAUAUAAAAAUGGAACUUUAAAGAUAAGAGUGAAACAUGUCACAUUGCUUAUCGUUUUAAAACAGAGAAAAGUAAGUGAUAAUCAUGUGUCUGAGAUUUCAAAGCAUGAGGGCACCCUGAUGCGACAUGCCUGCUAUGGGCAGAUCUGCCUGCUAAUUACACCCUAACUCUGAGGAGGGAGGUACUAGUGUGGUGGGUGCUUUUUUUUUUUUUUAAUGAUGUGAGGGUUAGAUAUGGUAUAAAAGCCCAGGUCACAGCACUGGAGAUCAGCAUAUCCUCACUUGUGCUCCUACCCUAAGGAUAUAGAGAAGCACCAGAAGCUGACUGGUGCUGGGGAGAUUUGCUGUUCUUCUCUUUGGAUCCUGAUCUGACCUUGCAAGAUGGACGUACGAGUUGCAAGCAUCCUCCUCCUCAUUGUGGCUUCUGCAGCAGCCCAUGGAAAGGGAUAUGUUGUGAAGAAGGUGUUCCCUGUGAAGAGCCAGAUGGUGGCAGGUGAACCAGGUAUGCCAGGUGAGCCUGGACCUGAGGGCCCUGCUGGCCCACCUGGUCCCCCAGGAGAGAAUGGCAUUGGUGAGCCUGGACCUCAAGGACCUCCUGGGCCUCCUGGACCUCCUGGCCGAUCAAUUGCUGGUAAGCCAGGAUCUCCAGGUGGACCUGGAAAGCCUGGCAUUCCUGGAGCUCAUGGUGAGAGAGGAGACACUGGAGCCACUGGUCCACAGGGGCCAAGAGGACUCCCAGGGUCUCCAGGAAUCCCAGGACCUGCAGGGUUGUCUGCUACUGGAAAACCCGGACCUGCUGGUCUUCCUGGAUCAGCUGGACCAAGAGGAGAGCCCGGUCUUAAAGGACAUCCAGGUGUGCCUGGAUUGCCUGGUCAAAAGGGUGAUAGAGGAGUGGGAGUUCCAGGGGCUCAAGGUGAAACUGGAGCUCAAGGACCUAUGGGCCCACCUGGAGCACCAGGUGCAGCUGGAAUUGGAAGACCAGGAAAACCAGGAGCACCAGGUGAAUCAGGAAAGCCAGGUAGUCCAGGUCUUGAUGGUGCCACUGGCCCCAUGGGCCCUCAGGGACCUAAGGGACACACUGGUGCUCCUGGUGUAGGUCUUCCAGGUAAACCAGGUGAGAAUGGUGCUCCAGGUCUGCCCGGUCCUGCUGGACCUAAAGGUCAUCAGGGACCUGCUGGCGCCACUGGUGCCCCAGGUGUGCCAGGAUAUGGAAAACCAGGUGUAAAUGGAGAGAAGGGAGAGAGAGGUGCUCCAGGUGCUCCAGGUGCAACAGGUGCUAAGGGUGAGCAGGGUCCCACAGGAUAUACUGGUGCCACUGGUGCAACUGGUCCUACUGGUUCUACUGGACCUCAAGGUGAAAGAGGUUUCCCUGGUCAGCCUGGUGCUGUUGGGCCUAAAGGUGACACCGGUGCUACUGGACCUCAGGGUCUUAAGGGGCAUAAGGGAGAUCAGGGAGCUCAGGGCUUCCCUGGUAAGCAAGGCUAUCCAGGUGCAGCUGGUCCUGCUGGAGCCAGAGGGCCUGCUGGACCUCAAGGUGACAAAGGUCACACAGGUGCUCCCGGUACUCCAGGUGCUCCAGGUAUCCCUGGCCCUGCUGGACCAAAAGGUCAUCCCGGCCGUCAAGGUGAGUCUGGUACCCCUGGAUCUGAUGGUGCUCCUGGUCCCAGAGGGCCUUCUGGUCCACAGGGUCCUUCUGGUCCUGCUGGCCUCAAGGGGCACCCAGGUCUUCCUGGUCCCCCUGGUCCUGCUGGUUUGACUUCCAAGGGUCUUCCUGGACCUCAGGGUCCCCCUGGUGUGCCCGGUGAGCCUGGAUCAGAUGGAGAACCUGGCCCUGCUGGUCCCCCUGGACCCCCUGGACCUCCUGGUGAGGUUGCAUUUGAGAAAGGCUUUGGCAUGAGCGAAGUGAUGGUCAAGUCCCCCAUGUCUGCUUUCACAGCAGCUCUGGCCACUCCCUACCCCCCUGCUGGCAGCCCCAUUAAGUUCGACCAGAUUGUGUACAAUGCUGAGAAUCACUAUGACCCUGAGACUGGCAUCUUCACUUGCCAGGUUCCAGGUGUUUAUUACUUCUCUUACAGCAUCCAUGUAAAUGGAAAUCAUGCCCUGGUGGCUCUGUACAAGAAUGGUCAGCCUAUUGUGUUCACCUAUGAUGAGUACAACAAAGGCUUCCUGGACCAGAUGUCUGGUAGUGCUGUCCUCUUGCUUGAUGUGCAGGACACAGUCUACAUCCAGAUCCCUGAUGAUGAGGCCAAUGGUGUCUUUGCUGCUGAGAAUGUCCACUGCUCUUUCUCUGGGUUCCUGAUUGCCUCAACGUGAUAGGUUGAUCACGCAUCAGGUUCCAAAAGCCAAACCAACUAAUUUUGCAAUCUAUUCCUCAAAGUAAACUCCCUGUUCCUCCCUGUUCUCAAAUAGACAGGCAGUUCUUUAAGGAAUAGUAGCAUCUCAACUUGAAAACUACAAGAAAAAAGGUGCUCAGAAGAAGGAAAACUAAUUUAUGAAAGCAAAUGAUCAGGGAUGGGGGGAAGCAAACUAGCAAUCUUCCAGUGACCUUUGUAAUGGAGACAGCAUGUGAAAUUGAGGUGUUAUAAUUAUGUUGUGUCCUUUUAUUCUUUUAAGCAUUGCUCCUUUUAUACUGACUUAAACUGGUGUUUUAUUGUCUGUUUUUGUACAACCAACAACUUGGUUUUCACUCUUUUUUGUUGUUUUUUUUUCUUUUUAACACAAUGAAACCAAAUGUGACUUGAAAAUGUUGUGAAAAAAAUGGUCAAACUGUUAUGAUGAAAUAAGUCACCUGGAUACUGCUAUGCAAACACAAAUGUUGUUAUAUCCCUGAACAUGCAUUGUGUCAUGUCAAACAUAAUGACCAAAUAAAAGUUGACUUAAGAACAAUUUUGUUUCAUAUAUUUCAUUUAACGACAAAAAAAUGUUGCUUUUCAGUCAAUAUCACUCAUAGAAAACAAUUGAAAUCAAUCAAAUGCUUGUAAAAAAAAGGAUCCUUACAAAUUCUUAAAAAGUUAUUUUUAAAAACAUAGGACAACCCAUUGAAAUAAAACAUCAAAAUAUAUAUUUAAAAAAAUAAAAAUUACAAAAAAAUUGUACCUAAGAACUUUAGCUGAAGGACAUGCACCCAUGUCAACAAAACAAUACAGGAAGUGAGCGAACUUGUUGCAAAAUGUUAAAUUAUUUUAUAAAACUACAUUCAACACUAACAAACUUUGAGCAUUUCAAUAAGAAAAAAGAAUCCCAACAUUUUAUGUCUGAAUGGGAAGUCUGUGACAUUAAAAAACAAUUACAAAAUAUUUUCAGUAGAGUAAAAAGCUCUAAAAAUUAAAAGAUACUUAAAAAAUUAACUAAAAUAUAUUUAAAAAAAUGUUGCUGGCAAAAAUAUUAAAACAUAAAAACAAAACAAUAAACACACUUGAUUAAAUAUGUGUUAAAAUAGCUUGAAUGCUGCCAGACAAUCAUUCGGUUGGUGGUUUGAAUACCAAGCUUGACAGCCAUUGUGUUUCAUGGUAUGACACCAAACCCCAGACUGAUCUCAAAUGUAAAAAAUAAAAAAUAAAAAUAAAA